AUUCCUGCAGUUAGGGUACCUAGCUUGCUUCCUUGAAAACGCGGGUCAUGUAGGCAGUCCCGGUGCAACGUGUGGACUACAAAAACGUAAUGCUGAGAACUUGUCGUUGCUCACACAAUGGUUUUCCGAUCAUUGUGUGAAUGACAAUCUUGAAUCUUGAAGACAGCGCAGAAAAAGUGGUGCGUGAGGAUAACAUUGACCUAUUCGGAGAUUCCGAUAUCUAUUAUAGUUCACCUCUUGAAGCUUGGUAGCCCGACUCCAUGGCAAGUAGCAAACCCAGCCGUGGCGAUCGUGGUGGCGGGGGCAGGGACGUCCAGCUCUCCAAGUCCCUAUCCUGGCUAUGCCGUCAUGGUGCGCCGAAGGAAGGCAUAACUGUACACUCAGGUGGUUUCCUCAUCGUCGAUGAUGUCUUGCGGCUGAAGCAGUUUCGAAACUUCACAGUUGAUGACGUGCGGCGCGUGGUGGAGAGCAACGCCAAGCAACGCUUUGCCUUGGAAGAAGAGCCACAGCUCAUGAUCCGGGCAAACCAAGGCCACUCAUUUGAAGUCCCCGACUUGGCCCUGGAGCCGAUCUUGUCAGCCGAUGAAGCUCCGGUGGUGGUGCAUGGCACCUAUCUCAAAGCCUGGCCAGCCAUCAAAGAGAGAGGUCUUUCCAAGAUGUCUAGAACGCAUGUUCACUUUAGUCCAAAGGAGCCUGACGAUGACUCUGUCAUCAGCGGAAUGCGCGCAUCCUGUCAGGUACUGAUCUACAUCAACAUGUCCAAAGCUCUAGCAGAUGGUCUGGAGUUCUUCAAGUCUGCUAAUGAUGUCAUUUUGUGUGCGGGAGACAAAGAUGGUUGUAUUGCGCCCAGGUUCUUUGAGAGGGCAGUGCAGCGUUCUGAUGGCUCUUCCUUGCUUUGAUCAUGAUUUUCAGUUGGCAAUGAUUUCAGCUGAACAAGGAGGCUGGCGCCCUGUUGUCUGGGGUUUGCAUGUGUGCGUGCACCACAGCAGCUGCUGCCAAGCUUGGCAGUUAACCAAUCUGCCUAGUGGUAGCUUUGCUUAAUCAAGGCAUGUUCUAGUGCCAUGCUCUGUCCCUGGCGACUGCUUCAAGUAACUUAGUUACGUGCAAGUGCAGCUCAGACUCGCGGGACCAAGGUGAUGCUGUGGCACAGUACGUCACAUUCAAAUUAAUUCUGACAUAGUAUCAACUUACAUGCUAUAAGUUUUGAUAUCAUAUUAUUGUAGCUUGCUGGUCAGGCAUACUGGUGUCACGUCCGUUGGCCCCAUCUACAUUGUAGGCUAGUUUGUCUUUGAAGUAUAUUUAUUCUUACUUGUAUUUUUAAAUUCGUUUGUGGAGUUGUAGAUGCUGUGCACCUAUCAAUCAUUUGUUUAGGUGUGUUUGUAUUGCUAAGCUUGCCACCUAUCACUAUGCUCUGCAUCGUGUAUGCGCGGCCUGGUCCGACAAGUGGCAAGCUAGCGAAAGCAGUAGUCUGCAUGUAGAAAUAGUUUGCAAUUCUUUGAAACUUUCCUAAAUAAAAUGUAUACAUGUACAUGGAGACCAGAAACAAAUAAUGGCAAAUUAAAACCCAUCAGACCCUUCUCUGUGAAAACGAGGGCUUCUUUUGCUUGCUUUGUACUAACAAACCAUCACGUGCUAUCGAAUAUCUACUGCAUGUCUCAAUGUUUCGCCAUUCAUCUAUUGGUGUCAAGGCAGUCACGUGACGCAUGACGCACCGCUGAUGUUAUAUUAUUAUUAUUAUUAAGGAUGAAAGAGAUUGAAGCGUACUCACAA